UCUUCUUCUUCUUCAUAUUCUAUCAUAAUCAUUGAAAUCUUCUCUCCCAAGAUCUGAUCUUUUCCUUUUUCUCUUUUCCUUUCCUCUCCUUUCCCUCUAUACAAACAAACUACAAAGAGAGAGAGAAAGACAAGUGAGAAGAAAGAGAAAGAGAAGGGUCAACCCGCAAGUGGCUCUGCACUUCCUUCCUUCCACCACUCUCUCUCUCUCUCUCUAAAUAAUAAAUCUUUUUGUUUGGUUUUGUGGAGAAACAUAUAAGAAAAAGAAAAAAAGAAAAAGCGGUUCAUUUGUGAAGAAGUUUGCACAAGCUUCCUUGAGAUCUGCCACUUUGUAAGCAAGAAGGAUCUAAGUAAGGGAAUGAUAAGAAGAUGGGAAGGAAAGGAAAUUGGUUUUCUAAUGUGAAGAAAGCUCUCAGUCCUGAUUCCAAGGAGAAGAGAGAAGAGAAAUCAAGUAAGUCUAAGAAGAAAUGGUUUGGGAAGCAAAAACACCACUCGGAUUCUGAUGCUGCCCCGGCAGAAUCCGUCACAUUGCCUCCUCUUCCUCCGCAAGAAGAGGUGAAGUUGACCAAUGUGGAGGUUGAACAGCACAACCACGAGAAUCCCGUUGCGGUUGCGUUGACUGCGGUGCCCAAGCCUGCGGUCAUUGCUCCUCAGGCUGCGCCAGAGGUUGCCCAACCCCCUCGAGUUUCUCGGUUUGUCGGGAAAUCAGGGGAAGAAGCAGCCGCCAUCAAGAUUCAAACGGCCUUCCGAGGAUACCUAGCAAGAAGGGCGUUGCGCGCUUUAAGAGGGUUGGUGAGGCUGAAGUUACUGAUGGAGGGGUCCGUUGUGAAACGUCAAGGCGCAAAUACCCUCAAGUGCAUGCAGACUCUUGCUCGGGUGCAGUCGCAGAUUCGUUCGAGGAGGAUCAGGAUGUUAGAGGAGAACCAGGCUCUCCAGAGACAACUCUUGCAGAAACACGCGAAAGAGCUCGAGAACUUGCGGCUUGGGGAGGAAUGGGAUGAUAGUAUACAGUCCAAGGAACAAAUUGAAGCAAGCCUGCUUAGCAAAUAUGAAGCAACUAUGAGGAGAGAAAGAGCAUUGGCUUAUGCAUUCUCUCAUCAGCAAACUUUGAAGAAUUCUUCAAGAUCUGUGAAUCCAAUGUUCAUGGACCCGAGGAACCCCACCUGGGGCUGGAGCUGGCUGGAGAGGUGGAUGGCUGCCAGGCCAUGGGAGAGUCGUGGUGCGACGGAUAAAGAUUCAAACAACGACAGCUCGUCAGUGAAGAGCCGCAGCAUGUCUGGUGGGGAAAUCAACAAAUCAUACGCCCGCUAUCUUCUCAACUCCGAAAAGCUUUCUUCCCCAACAGGCAGUCAAAAGCCAAGCAAUUCCGUCUUCCAGUCACCUUCCACUCCUACGAAGCCGAUCUCUUCCACGCCAUCUAAGAAAGUGAAGUCGGCAAGCCCGAGGGUGGGCAGGGUGCCGGAUGACGACACUAGAAGCAUGGCCAGCCUGCAGUCAGAGAGGUUCCGGAGGCACAGCGUUGGCGGGGCAACGGCAAGAGAUGACGAGAGCCUUGCCAGCUCUCCUUCGCUUCCGAGUUACAUGGUACCAACUGAGUCUGCAAGGGCCAAGUCCAGGAUGCAGAGCCCGUUCGGAGCAGAGAAAAAUGGGACGCCGGAGAAGGGACCCGUGGAGUCUGCAAAGAAAAGGUUGUCGUUCCCGCCCUCCCCUGCCAAGGCACGGCGGCAUUCGGGCCCGCCAAAGGUGGACACCAGUUCUGUAGCUUCUGUUACAGAAAACAGUGAGAGCAAUGGCAUUGGUGGUUGAUGAUAGCAAUCAACAAAAGAAGGGAUUUUCACGGCUUCACAAAGGGAAAGGAAACAGAAAUAAAAGGCUUAUAUUCAUUUUGUGAAUCAUAUGAUUUAUUUUAAUUUAUUAAUUCCAAGUGUUGGGGUGGUGAGGGUAAAAUUAGUGUUUAGGGGCUGUUGGGAUUUCUUUUAUAUGUGUUUCAUAUUUGUUUAUUUAUAUAUCUGUCUUAUUUAUGUUUCAUACGGUCUUUGCCUUUUCCAAUAACAUUUGUUACCAAUGUCAGAACUAAGAACCCUUUUUAUGCCACUUGAAUGUAUUAUUAUU